AUGAAAGAGAAGAUAAGGAGUACUGCCAUAAAGAGACAUCAUUACCCUCUCCCAAUGCAGCGACUGGUAGCAAUGCAUAGUAUCUGGUCAAGGAGAGAAUUCUGGGAUGGUGCCUAUGAGAACAUACAGAAUGACAAUAUUUAUAAUUCUGCAGUAGUAGAACUUUUAGAAGAAAGUGGUAAUCAGUGGCCACCAUGUAAUUACCAACCACAACGGGUCCCAAAUCCACCAAGUGAUAAUGAGGACUUUGCUCAGGAGCCUACUAAUGAGCCUACUUGGGAGCCUACUGAGUCAAUCGGAUCAGUCACUAGGCCUAUAGAGGUUCAGUCACCACCCGAAGUGAUUAUUAUCAGUUCGGAUGAAGAAAACUAG